AUGGUAUUAUUGAAGCAAAGUCUCCAGCAACACGUCUUAUCUAAUAAUGAAGAUGUGUGGGUAUGGAAACAGUCUGAAAAGGAGGAUUUCAGCGUGAAAAGCGUGAGGUUACAUCUGGGCCGAAAUAUAGAUAUAAAUGUAGCACCCAAUUCAUUCUACUGGAACAACUGGGCAACGGCCAAAAGUUCAGCUUUUGUGUGGCGAGCGACCGAUGAAAAGAUUCCAUCAGCUGUUGCUUUGGCAAACAGAGGUAUGGAGUUACAGGAAACGAGCUGCAAAAUAUGUGGAGAAGGCGAUGAAGAUGCUGCACAUAUUCUAAUAAACUGCAACUUCGCGAGGAGGGUUUGGGAAGCGGUUCAGAUAUGGACAGGUUUAUCGAUGGUAAAUGAUGUUAGCAAUGUGUAUGAUCUGCUGAAAAAGACUACAGAAAGCAAUAAAAGUCGGUGUAAGAGAAAGAUUCUACAUGCGAUUGCAAUUCAAACUAUGUGGCUCCUAUGGAGGAAUAGAAACGACAAAAUAUUCUCGGGGAGAAGUCGCACGGUUCAAAUGAUUAUUGAGGAAAUAAAAGAUGCAUCUUUUCUAGGGGUGAGACAGAGAUCUAAACACAGCUCAAUUACAAAACAACAGUGGUGGGAAUUUAGUUUUGAUCUGUAG